ACUUCAUUUGUCAAAAUAUUUUCUAACCUAAUUUAGCAGCAUUCAAAUUCAAAAAUUUUAAAUUGAUAUAAAUAAUUCUUGUUUAAUUAUUUAUAUUUCACGAUAAUGGAUAAUUCUACGGAAGAUGUGAAAGAAAAUAGCGAUUCUAAAGAUAUCGAGGUAGAUGAUCCAUAUGCAUAUUUAAAAAGGGGCGACUUUUCUUCAGAGAAUUUUAAGAUAGAAAUAAAAAACUUGCCAAAAUAUUAUGGAAUAAGUGAGUUCAAAAAAUUAUUGAACGACAAGUUGAAGCUAAAUUCCAAUAAAAUUAAAGUACCAAAACGCAACAGUCCAUAUGCGUUUGUUUGUUUUCGUAAUGAUGAAGAUAGGAAGAAUGCAAUUGAUAUUAUUUCUCAACAUAAGUGGAAAGGAAAACAGCUACAAGCUACUUAUGCAAAAGCAUCUGCUGAUCCUUUGGUUAAAAAAAGACAUGAAGAAUCUGAUGAACAUAGGAGCAGUAAGAAACAAAAAAACAAUGAUUUACCUCAAGAAGAACGGAUAAAAAUGUCAACCAUACCAUUAGAAAAUGUAGAAUAUGAGCAACAGCUAAAAAUUAAGGAAGAAGAGAUAAAGUCAGUCCUUAAAAAGCUAGGUAAUGACCUGGCAUAUCACAAUAUUGAGUUAAAAAAGUGGAUAGAAACUCAAAAAGAAAAGUAUGAUGGCCUUCCCUGUGAAUUACUAAAUAUUAGAUACUCAGAACAAUAUGAUGGGUAUCGAAAUAAAUGUGAAUUUACAAUAGGUAUUGAUCAAGAAACUAACUUGCCUACAGUAGGUUUUAGGAUAGGUGCUUAUGUUAAUGGGGUGGUAGGUGUGGCUCCUAUUGGUCAUUUAAGGCACAUACCAGAUUCUAUGAAAAAAGCUGUGGAAGUUUUUCAAACAUUUGUACGUUCUUCUCAACUGAAAGUGUUUAAUCCUGAAUUCCACACAGGGCAUUUCAGACAAUUGUGUGUUAGAUGUGCCCCAGACCAAUUAAUGGUAAUAGUUGGUAUCCAUCCACAAGAUUUAGAAAAAGAAAAAAUUUCAGAUUUUCAAAAAGAAUUAAUACAAUUCUUUACAGAAGGUGCUGGAAAGGAAGCCAAAAUUACUUCUUUGUACUACCAAGAAAUUGUUAAAAAAAACCCUGGUGAAAGUGCUAGUCCUGCCACACUAUUGUGGGGCGAUAAGUAUAUUUAUGAAACUAUCUUAGGGUUGAAAUUUAGGAUAUCUCCAGAAGCAUUUUUCCAGAUUAAUACAAAAGCUGCUGAAAUUUUAUAUGAAUCAGCUAUUGAAUUAGCUGAACCCUCUGAAAAUUCUACAAUGUUGGAUGUGUGUUGUGGAACAGGCACUAUAGGAUUGUGUUUUGCAAAGAAAUGUGGCCAAAUCUUGGGUUUGGAAAUUGUACCUGAAGCGAUAGUUGACGCCAAGGAGAACGCUAUAACUAACGAAAUCACUAACAGCGACUUCUUUGCUGGAAAAGCAGAAGAAAUCUUGGGAACCGUAUGUUAUAAAGCCACCAAUGAAGACGUUUUUGCAGUGGUUGAUCCACCAAGAGCGGGUCUACAUCAAAAAGCCAUUCUACAACUUAGAAAAAUAAACAAAAUCAACCGCCUAAUAUACAUUUCUUGCAACCCUAACUUGGCGUCAAAGAAUUUUCUCGAUUUGGGCCGACCAAUGUCGAAAACGCUACAGGGCGAAUGUUUUGUACCUGUCAAAGCAGUAGCUGUCGAUUUAUUUCCGCACACUAAACACUGCGAGCUCGUUAUUUGUUUCAAACGAUGGGACCUCAUAAAUACAGGAGAAACUAAAUAAAACUAUUUUGCUUCUGCCCUAGAAAAUGCAGGGGGACUAGUUGGGAUCUUCACUUCGUCGUCCUGGGCCUUUACAUCGUCCUGCAAAAAUAUUGUUAAUAUUAAGAUUAUACUAUAUUAAUAAA